UGAUAAUAUCGAGAUGGUACCGGCCGGUUGUUCACUGAUUUCUAAAUGCAGAAAAAAUAGCGAUAUUUUCAUGUUUCUGCAAUCGUCACUGCGCAUCUCAAAGAUGCCUCCUCUUCGUCUCCAUCUGCUUUAAAAAUUUCACUUUCCUCUUCUUCCUUUUCGUCCUUCUCUUUCCCCAAACGUUCGGCAGACUACUAACCUCGAUAACCUAUUCGCGUUUUUAGUUCCUGUUUGUGUUUUCUGGAUUUUAUUUACCACUUUUGAGUUCUAUGGAGGAAGCGCACCCGGGGCUCCAUGAAGGAGCUGCAGACGAUUCGUGUGGGGAAUGCCUUGAUCUGACAAGCUGCCAACUCCAUGAUCUCGAUGGGAUUGAGAUCCCCAGGAGCCUGGUGGAAUUGGAGUUGACGGCGAAUCGACUCUCGGAGUUGGACCCAAGAAUCGGCGAACUCUCUCUGCUGAAGAAGCUCUGCCUCCGCCAGAAUCUCUUAACCGACGAGAGUGUUGAACCUCUCUCUCGAUGGGCUGCAAUUUCCGGGCUUCACGAGCUUGUUCUAAGGGAUAAUAAGCUUACAAAAUUACCGGAUGUCAGCAAUUUCAAGAACCUUCUGCUUUUUGAUGUGUCGUUCAAUGAGAUAUCUUCCUUGAAUGGAUUAUCUAAAGUAUCAAACACGCUUAAAGAGCUCUAUGUUUCCAAGAAUGAAGUGACUAAAAUGGAGGAGCUGGAGCACCUGCAUGAACUGCAAAUUCUUGAACUUGGCUCAAAUAGAUUACGAGUAAUGGAAAAUUUGCAUACUCUGAAAAAAUUACAGGAGCUUUGGUUGGGCAGGAAUCGAAUACGUGCAGUAAACCUUUGUGGGCUACAGAACAUACGGAAGCUAAGCUUGCAGAGCAACCGUUUAACGUCUAUGUUAGGAUUUCAAGAGUGUAUUGCUUUGGAGGAGCUGUAUCUGAGCCAUAAUGGCAUAUCUAAGAUGGAAGGAUUAUCCACAUUAAUUAACCUCCGUGUGUUGGAUGUGUCGUCAAAUAAAGUCACAGAAAUUAGUGAUAUUGAGAAGUUAACAAGAUUGGAGGACUUAUGGUUGAAUGACAAUCAAAUUGUCUCGUUGGAGGGCAUUGAGUCAGCAGUUGCCAGCUCCAAAGAGAAGCUUACGACCAUAUACCUUGAGCACAACCCAUGUGCCAAGUUGCCGGACUAUGCAAGCAUGCUGAGGAAUGUGUUUCCAAAUCUGCAGCAGAUUGAUUCUCAUGUGUUUUUGUAGGAUUUGAUUGUUUCUUAUUAGUUAUUUUGCUGAACCAGUGGAUUUUACUUGUUCAUGUGGUAUACCUGAUUGUCAUGUACUUAUAAAUUUUGUCAACUAUUUAAUGGUCCUAUGUUUUUGUUUCGAUUUUGGACGAAAGUCUGGAACGGGCAGUUCGUGGCAGCAUUAGUUGAGACUAGGAGACAGUUUUCGGACUAGCAAAAAGAAAAGGUGCUACACUAAAGCAUGUACAUCAUUGUACAUCACUGACGUUCUGCUGUGUUCAAUAGUGUGGGCGAAUGGUAUAUACUCAACCGCUGCUUAACUGGGAAUAGGGACCAGACAAACUGUCCUGGUUAAAUGUUUGUCUAUUGCCUGCAUGGCGGAGGAGAAAUCCCUUUUUCUAGGAAAAGGGACACACAGAAAACCACAAUGCAUCCUGUUUUCUAAUGAAAGCCACCUGUUCUUUCCCUGGAUGAGGCAUUUCACCCGCAACUGUUAAUCUCUUGAUCUGGGAGCUGUGUUCAGCUAGUGAGAGUGCUUGAAUUUGUUCAUCAAAUUAGUUGUAUGAGUAAACUGUGGUUUUUCUUAUCCCAAAAGCGAACGAAUCGGCUUCCCUUUUUGCUCCUACACUCCUGUUUUGUAUUAAAAGGUCAGUUUAUUGUACUGAGCUUGUUUAUGAGAUGUAUAUGAAACAGUGAAUAUUUGUGAACAAUUAUUUAUUCUCAAUGAAUGAGCCUGAAUAAGGCCAGCUCUUGUUUGGCUUGUA